AUGGUGCUGAAUGGGGGGAUUCAUUGGUUGGUGAAACGAGAUGAAUCAUUGGUGAUUAUAUCUUUCCUUUUAGCAGAGGAGGAGGUUAGAGAAAUCCAAGUACCGCCAAAUUGCAGCACCGGUAUAGUAGAACUGAGCGUCUUCAGAGAUCGGCUAUGUAUAACAUCAUUCUCAUUAUCACUUGGAGAAACAUAUAAUGAGUUUUGGGUCAUGAAGGAAUAUGGAGUUAGGGACUCUUGGACUAAAAUGGAGUUCGGCAUCCCAUAUCACCGGUUACUACAUUCUGGUUUUUGGACAGAACCUCAUGAUUUGAUGCUGGUUGAUGCAACAUUGUUAGUUAUGUGCAAUUUUGAUGAUAAAAGUUUCUGGAUUCUAUCGAUUCUUCAUGAAUUUGGUGAAGUUGAUGGUUUUGGUAGCAUGGGUGUCUAUGUGGAGAGCCUUAAGCCUCUUAUUGAUCAAGAACAACUGGAGAAUAGUAAAGAUGAUGGACAUCCUUGA